AAAUACUUCCUUUUGUUUGUCUUAAACCUGCUGUAUUAAUACUCAGCAUUCACUGGGGCUCACAAAGGGAAAGGCUUCCUCUUUCAAGCAGUACACGCGGAAGUCUUGUUUGUUAACCAAAACAUUACAUCAAUAUCUUUACCAGUUGCCCCCUAGCUCAAAGGCAGCACCACUCUCUGGCUAACCAUUCAGCACAGGGCCAGGUCCCUAUUCUUGCCGCUGAAAACGACUCCAGGAACUGCACACCAGAGCAUGGUUUGCUGUUCUCUCCGAUCAGUGCCACGCCCUAACCUAGCUGGCAAAGAGCGCUCGGCUGAGAUGCUUGUAAUUCUUUGCACCAAUUCUGAGAUUAGCCCUGUUUCUCUUUCCCCCCACACGCAGUGCAUGGGACAGGCGCUUCCUGCCGCUGGAGCGGAAAGGUGUUUAUAGGGCCAUUCUCUUGUCAAGAGACUUACUUUAAAAGAGGGCUCAAUCCAAGAUUGGAUCCAGCUAGGAAGAAAAACUGCAGGGGCGUUUUGUUGAGUGUGUUGUGGAGAGACACAGAAACAUUUUAGUAACUUAAAGGCCAGCAGAUCAGGAAUUUCUACCUCUGCACUCCCAACUGUCAUGUGACUGAUUGAUUAGACGUGAAAAUAUUCUGGGAGGAGAGCAGCCCAGGAAAGCAUGUCCAGCUACCUGACUAUUUUUUUUGUAUUUCUGCCCCCUCUGUGCCUGUACAACUUUCAAAAAGUAUUUUUGGUAGUACAUAUUUUCCCUCAUUCCUUCUAGUUUUACCCCUUGAAUAGCAAGAGGCCUGAGUCUCCACUGACUUGUAUAAAUUUUAACCCAAGAUACCUGUAGAAAGUGGGUACAAAAUGCAAUCACAUGGGACUGAGCAUGCUUUGCACCCUCUUUGAGCAAUUGACAGCACAAGGUCCAAGGUGGGAGAAUCAGGCCCUAAAUGCCUUAAAAAUCUCCCCUUUGGGUGGAUUUUCAGAUUUCCUUCCAUUUUUAAGACACGCAAUUUAGACUGUAAGCUUCUCAGAUCAGGGAUUGGCUCUUACUAGGUGUUUGUGCAGCACCUGGCCCAAUAAUAUCUUGUCAUCCAUAGGUCUCAAAGCACUUUACAAAGGAGGUCAGUAUCAUUAGCCCCAUUUUACAGAUAGGGAAAUCGAGGCACAGAGAGAUGACAUGACUUGUCCGAGGUCACCCAGCAGCCAAGUGGCAGAAAAGGGAAUAGAACGCAGCUCUCCCAAGUCCCAGUCCAGGGCUCUAUUCACUAGGCAUCACUGCCUCUAAAUGGGAUUUUUAUCUGCAUGGGGACCCCUAGGUGCCAUUGUAAUACAAAUUAUAAAAAGCUGGGGCCUUCUGUACCCCUGUGCAGAGUCUUUUGGGGAGUACAGAGCCUCCACAGUAUACUCUGUUGCUCAAGGAAGGAUUAUGUUACCAAGGCCAAUUUACACUAGCUCUGUCUAAGAACCAGGGGGGAAAUCCUGGCCCUGUUGAAGUCAAUGGCAAAAGUCUCAUUGACUUCAGUGGGAUCAGAAUUGCAUCCUAUGGCUCCUCCUAAACCAAUCUAUAACCUUCUUUGACCUAGCGGUGAACAUCAUUUUAAAAAAACUACUACUUUUGGAACCAUUUUAAUCCCACAUCCACACCCGCUGCACCAUCCAUUUUAUUAACUGGCUUAGCAGGAGCCAGGUUUUAAAUUGUAUUACACGUGGCUACCGUGCCUGUCUGUUUUACUUAUGGUGCUUCAGAAACACUGACUCCAGCUUCUCAAUGCUCCUCGGAGUUGGGGUUGCCACCCGUUCUGGUUUUAAGGGGUGCUAUUUACCUGGUGCUGUAUGCCCCAUGAUCGUUAUUAAGAAGCAGCUGAUCAGAGGAGAGUAUGUUUUCCAGCAGUGAAGUAAAGGAUCAGAUGCUGUGAUAGAAACGUAUGAUUUUGUAGCGUACAUAACACAUUGUGGGUGACGGCCCUUUAAAAGGGAGGCUUGGUCUAUAUAUUCACCUCUGGUCUUGCCUUGAUAAGUAGUAUGGCUGCUGUACCUGUGAGAAAGCAGGAGCAUUACCCCCAUUUUGAGAGGCUGGAUUGCUUGUCUAAGUUCACCUAGUGAGUCUGGUAGAGCUGGGAACACAACUCAGAACCUCCUGCUUCCUUUUCCUUAUGUAAUUGAACUACGUGAUCGAAAGGUGCAAAGGCACCGGUAUUGCUACCUAACUGGGAAGUUGCUUUCCCUUUCCUCCUUUCAAUAGAUGAUGUUACUAAUUGGUAGGGAAGAUAAUUACAAGCUUAGAACUGACAUUUAAUCAACUGUACCGGAGUGGCUGGAUUCAUCCUGUUUUAAGCUAAUGAUGAGGCAGGAUUCUUCCCCUCUACCGAAGAGAAACCCGUGUCUGACUGUGCCAGACAGCGUGUGUAGAAGAACAUUCCUCUGAAAAGCAGGGCGGGGUCGCCAGCUCUCCCUCCAGGGCUCUGCUCUUUCCACAAACUGGUUUUUCUAGUCAUUUUUAAAACCAGGCUCCAUCCCUGCUUCUGGAUCACUGGUUGCUUGGGGAGGAGCCACCCAGAAACUGCUCUUUUAACCUGCAUCAGCCCUUCCCAGCUGGAGCCUGUCAUUCCAUCUCAGCAGACUAGAGCAGAGAGGCUGUGCCCUGAAAAGCUUUGUGGACGCCAGGAAGGGAACUAAAUUCCUGCCAAGAUGUUCAAGGGAGUGGGCAAGGGCUCCCCAAGCAAACCGCCUCCGAUCAAGCAAACCAAGUCCUCGGCCAAUGAACUGGCCAUGCUCGUCUCCCGCAUGCAGAAGAAUGCCGACCAGGUGGAAAAGGACAUUCUGGAAACACAGUCCAAGCUCAAGCAGGACAUAAGUAACUACCAGAAGAACAAGGCUUUCGAGUUCCAGCAGGAGAAUGCGAAAAACCUGAAGGAAGCCGAGACCCUGCUGAAGGACCUCUUCCUGGAUGUGGAUAAAGCAAAGAGGCUGAAGCAUCCUCAAGCCAUCGAAAUAGAAAAAGACAUCAAGCAGCUCCAUGACCGUGUGACACACCAAUGUGCCGAAUAUCGAGACCUCUAUGAAAAAUGUAACAUUCCUGAAGCGGGCUCCAAGCUGGACUGGGCCAAAAUUCUAGACCAGAAGCAGAAGCAAGUCAGCGCGGGACAAUAUGGCCCCACCGUGCCAGAGCUGGAGAAGCAAAUAGCAGAGCACAACAUCCUCCAGAAAGAGAUAGAAGCCUACGGCCUCCAGAUCAAGAACCUCCACAGCCCGAAUGCAGCGGAUUUAAAGAGCCAGUACAAGGACUUGCUGAAAGCCUCCAUCUGGCGAGGGCAGAGCCUGGGCAGUCUGUACAACCACCUGCAAGGCUGCACCAAGGAGCUGGGUUACCUCACGGACCAGCAGAACAAAAUCCUGAAGCAGGACUGGAGCGACCAAAUGGCUGACCCGCCGGGCGUGCGCCGGGAGUACGAGAACUUCAAGGCUAAUGAGCUGCUUAACCAGGAGGAGUAUGUGAACCAGCUCCAGGAUGACGGAGACAGGAUGAUUGAACUGAAGCACCCAGCUGUGGAGCCCAUACAGGCUCACCAGGAAGCCUUGAGGAACGAGUGGCAGAAUUUCCUCAACCUCUGCAUCUGCCAGGAGAGUCAGCUGAAGAGCGUGGAGAGCUACAAGAAGUUCCAGGAGGAUGCUGACGCUGUGAGCCAGACACUGAAGAAGCUGAACUCGGACCUGGAUACAAAAUACAGCAAGUUCAACAAAGACAGUCCCGGAGUGGUGUCUGAUUUACUGCACCAGUUGGAGAAUGAGGAGAAGACCGUGAAACAAGCCGAAAAAAGCAUCGCUGAGCUGAAGAAGAGGAGCCCGGAGAUCAGCCCUCUGAAACUGCGCAGAACCUGCCCUUCCCAACCACUUGCCCUGGACACCCUCUGUGACUGGGCCUCUGGUGACGUGCAGCUCAGCCGAGGUGAGAAGUACACUCUGAAAGACAACAGCAACCCAGAGAACUGGGUGGUGCAGAGCAGCACUGCGGUGACAAAGACCGCUCCUGCUGCUUGCUUCUUCAUACCUCCUCCAGACCCAGAGGCCAUGGGCAGAGUUAACAAGCUGGAAGGUGAAUUGAACACAGUGAAGCAGAAGAGAGCGACAGUUCAGAACUCCCUGAAAAGCAGCCAGAAGGAGCCAGUUAAGUCCAGCCAGCAGGCACCAAUCAGAAGUCCCGCCGUUGCCCAGGACGACCCCCAAGCUGACCAGCUCCUCUCUAAACUGAAUAAGAUUGGCGGGGACUUGGUCCAAGUGGAGAAGGAGAUUUUUAGUCGGGUGAGGUCCCCAGUAAGCCACAGUGCCCCGACAGAGGACCUUCACAAAAGGAUCAAGGACCAGGAGGAAACCACAAAGAGACUUCAGGGCAUUGGGGCAGAUAAGGAAGCCAUGCAGAAGGAGUGUGAGGCCUUCCUGUCCAAGAAAUCCACCAGCACCGCCGCCUCUCAGCUCCCCGUGACUCUGAACAACGUCAAGAACAAGUAUAAUGACGUCAAGAUGCUGUCCAGCCUGUACGAUGAGAAAGCCAAGGCUUCCCUGAACCUGGAGAACCAGAUAGAGAUCACGGACGAGAUCAUCAGCAGCUUUGAGUCCAAGCUGGCUCAGGACAGCACCAUCCCAGCCUCUCCCAACGCCCUGCAGGAUCGUGCCAAUGAGCUGCAGAGGCUGAAGCGGGAUCAGGUCACCCAGCAGGACUGUGUGCUGAAGCUGAACCGCAGCCUCAAGGAUGCUGAGCACAACUGCAGCGCGGUGCAGAACAACUUCCAGGAGUACUGCCCGGACCUCCCCCGGCAGAAGCGGGAGGUCCAGCUCCUCAACGACCGCUACCACGCUGUGGCCGACCAGCUGGAUCACCGGGAGAAGACCCUCCGGAACACCAACCUCACCUACCAGCAGUUCCAAAACUCCAACGAGAACAUGAUGUUCUGGAUGAACAACCUGCCCAAGCACCAGGUCAAGACCACAGAUGGACUGAGCCAGAUCAAUUACAAGCUGCAGGCACAGAAGAGGCUGGUGGAGGAAAUCCAGGGCAAGGAGGCUGAGAAGAAUGCAGUGGUCAAACUAUCCCAGACUGUGCAGUCUGCUCUCAACGACUAUGAGCUUCAGGCAGGCAAAUACUGCUCUUCUCUGGACCCCACCCUGAGUGCUUCCGCUGCCAAAAGACUGCGUGUCACCCCACUGCAAGAGAGCAUCCAGGCCCAGGAGAAUGAUGUGACAAAACUCUACACGGAGACAGCAGCAGAAAACAAACAGCAGCUCAGCCGGCUGGAGUUUGCCAAGAAGGUGGCAGAGAAGAAGGAAGUAAAAGAGGAGAUGCAGGCAGAACAUGAGCAAAUGCAACAGUCAGAAAAUCUGGCUCAGUCAACAAAAGAAUCAAAGGCACUGAAACUGCAGCUGGAGGAGGAAAGGAGCAAAGUGGCCAAGGUUCAGCAGGAGCUGGAAGAACAUAGAAACAGGCUUCUGCUGCUGAAGACUCAAAGGCCCAUUGAAAGAGUGGAAGAAAAGGAGGUGGUCGAAUACUACCGAGACCCAAAACUGGAGAGCGACUUGGCUAAGAUGACGCAUCAGAUUAAGGAUGAGAGCAGAAAAAGGGACAGCCUGCAGGCGGAUAUUGAAAUGAUGAACAAGAAGCUCAUCCAGAUGGAGAAAGAGAGGAAGGUGGUUGAGGCCCAGCUGCUUACCAAAGAGGUCACUAAAAUCGAGAGGGAUCCAAACCUGGAUAACCAAGCGGCUAGCCUCCGUGCGGAAAUCAAGCGUCUCAGAGAACAGAGCUCCACUUCUUCCCUUGAACUUGAACGGCUCAGGAAAGAGGUGUACGUUCUGGAGCAGAAGCAGCCCAACAUCCGAGAGAAAGUGGUCGUGAAAGAGUUGAUCAAGCUGGAAAAGGACCCGGAGAUGCUGAAGGCCGUCAGGACGUUGCAGAUGCAAAUUGACAAAGAAACCUUCAACAGGAAAUCUGUGGAGGACAUGACAAUCAAACUGAACAGUAGGAUCGAGGAGCUGGAAAGGCUGAUUGAAGUAGCAGAACCCAAAAUCAUUGUCAAGGAGGUGAGGAAGGUGGUACAGGACCCAGAACUGCUGAAAGAGUCCUCCAAGCUUAGAACUCUCAUUGAAGAAGAGAGGAACAAGAACCUGAUGUUAACAGGAGAGCUGGCAGAGCUGCAAAGCAAAUACAUCAUUGCAGAGAGGCAAAAACCUAAGGUAGAGGUUAAAGAAAGAGUCAAUGAGAUUUUCGUGGUAGAUCCAGAGACAGAGAAGGAAAUCACUCGCCUGAAGAAGGAGCUCCAAGAAGUUACUAGUAAAAGGACAAAGAUUGACAAGGAGGUGGAAGAGGCCUUGUCUGAGCUGAACAUCCUCAGGUCUCAGAAACCAACUGUGGAGUAUAAGGAGGUGAUCCAGGAAGUGGUGAAACUUGAGAAGAGCCCAGAGAUUCUUAGAGAAAUCGACAGGCUGAAGGAACAGCUCAAUGAGUUGGUGAACACAAAUGGCAGGUCCCAGGAGCAGCUCAUCCGGCUGCAGGGCGAAAGGGAUGAAUGGAAAAGGGAAAGGUCCAAGGUUGAAACCAAGCUGGUCAACAAGGAAGUUGUCCGAUACGAGAAUGACCCACUCUUGGAAAAAGAAGCUGAUCGCCUCCGCCAAGAGGUGCGCAAUGUGUCUCAAAAAAGGAGAGCAGCUGAGGACACUAUCUAUGACCUGCAGAACAAGUACAUGCUGCUGGAGAGGAGGAAGCCCGAAGAAAAGGUGGUGGUCCAGGAGGUGAUUCUCACCCAGAAGGAUCCAAAGCUCAGGGAUGAGCACAACAGACUGAGCCGGAGUUUGGACGAGGAAGUGAGCAACAGACGUCGUGUAGAACGGGAGGUACAGCAGCUUCGGUCUGUGGUGGAAGAGAAAGAGAAGCUGCUUAACUUCCAGGAAGAUCGAAACAAGAGGCUUGCAUUGGAAAAGGAGCUGCGUCAAAUAACCAUGAGAAUAAAGGAAAUAGAGGAAAGCCCCACACCGGUGCAAGAGAAGAUCAUCAUGGAAGAAGUGGUCAAGUUAGAGAAGGAUCCGGUGCUCGAGCAGGCUGCUAGUGGACUGCGUCUGGAGCUGGACAAUGAAAAGAUGCAGGUUCUGAACCUGCAGAGGGAGUGCAAGAACCUGCAGGUUCAGACUGACAUUCUGCAGAAAACAAAAUCGCAGGAGAAGACCAUCUACAAGGAGGUUAUCAGAGUGGAGAAAGACAAAGUUCUAGAAAACGAACGUGCACGGAUUUGGGAGCUGCUGAGCAGAGAGAGAACUGCCCGGCAAAAUGCAGAAGAGGACAUACGACGACUCAAGGAGAAAAUAGAGAGAGCCGAAGGCAUGAAAAGGACCUGGUCCCGUGAGGAGGCUGAUCUCCAGAAAGCACGAAACCUGGCAAUCCAAGAGAGAGCCAACCUGGAGAGUGAGCUCAGGGAGCUGGAAAGGCAGAAGCAGCAGAAAGUCCUCGUCCUCCGAGAGGAGUCCAAGCUCCUCAGCCAAAAGACAGAGAAUGACAGGCAAAAAAAGAUGCAGCGUGAGCAAGAACUUUCCCUCCUGGAGGCAGCUAUCCUAAGAGAGAAGGACCAGAUCUAUGAAAAAGAGAGGUCCAUCCGGGAACUCCAGUCUGGGGUCAACCGGGAAGAAAUGAGCCACGAGACCGAGAUGAGAGAGACUAAUCUCUCCACUAAGAUCUCCAUUUUGGACCCAGAGACGGGGAAGGAUAUGUCUCCUUAUGAGGCAUACAAAAGAGGAAUCAUAGACAGAAACCAGUACAUCCAGCUGCAAGAACUAGAGUGCGACUGGGAGGAAAUCACUACCUUGGGCCCCAACGGGGAUGUUUCUGUCCUGCUCGACAGGAAGAGUGGGAAACAAUACUCCAUCGAGGAUGCCCUGAGGUUUAGGAAGAUUACGAAAGAGGAGUACCAGCUGUACAAGGAUGGCAAGAUCCCAAUCUCGGAGUUUGCUCUGCUGGUAGCAGGGGAAUCCAAGCCUCCCUCCUCUUUGUCCAUUGGCUCCAUCAUCUCCAAGUCUCCGCUUCCGUCUCCAACGAUGCAGCAGCAGACCCAAAGCUUCUUUCCUUCGAGCUUGCAGAAAAGCUUCUGCGAUGACAGCUUCCCCAUUGCCGGAGUGUUUGACACCGCCACCGACACCAAGUGCAACAUAAGAACUGCUGUCAUCAAGAAGAUGGUGGAUCCCAUGACUGCUCAAAAGCUGUUGGAGGCCCAGGCUGCAACAGGGGGCAUCGUAGACCUCAUCACGCGGGAUCGGUAUUCUGUCCACAAAGCCAUAGAUAGAGGGCUGAUCGACAACACCUAUAUGCAGAGGCUGCUGAACGCCCAGAAAGCUUUCACAGGUGUAGAGGACCCUGUGACCAAGAGGAGGCUGUCUGUCGGGGAGGCAGUUCAGAAAGGAUGGAUGACCAAGGACAGUGCCUUCCCCUACCUACAGGUCCAACACCUGACUGGGGGGCUCAUUGAUCCCAAGAAAACCGGUCGCAUCCCAGUGUUGAAAGCAGCCCAGACAGGCAUGAUUAGCGACGACCUGGCUAGGAUGCUCCAGGAUGAGCCCAACUACGAGAAGGAUCUUGUUGACCCAGUCACCAAGGAAAAGAUGAAUUACAAGGAAGCCAUGACUCGUUGCCGGAAAGAUCCUCUGAGCGGCCUGCUGCUGCUCCCAGCCACCUCCGAGGGAUUUCAGUCUCAUCGCCCUGAGCGCUAUUCUCCCAUGUUGUCACGAUUCAGGCACUAAGACGAGUUCCAUGUCCCCUCCAAUUCCACCAUGAUCUUAAGCCACGGUGAUAUUCUCACUUGAACAGACUGCCUAGCAUGUCUGUCUGCAUACUAUUCUAGCGAGCUAAUCUUGCCUCCCCAUAACUGGGGCAACAGAGGAAGACAAGGCAUUCAUCGGGGUGAAAGGGUUCUAGCAUGGGCGUCUGUGCCUGGUUUGGACAGUAAAGGGGAUUUUGAUUCAUCAAAUAUGCUUGUGGUAGUUUAAACUGUGUGACUUCCUGUCACCUUGAAGUGGGGGGGAGGGUGUCAAGGAGCUAAUGUGCUCCCAAGUUUGUUCAUUCUUAUGCAUGCAAUAAAACUAGAAGGUGUCUCUCC